UAGCUCCAUUGGAACCGGACUAGAAACGCAAAGGGAACAUGAUAUCGAAAUCUCAGCAAUUGUUGCUCGUUAUUGGGCUCUGUUUGAGUGUGGCAAGCAGCGCCGAUGUGGAUUGCACUGAACGACCCAAAUUUGUGAAUCCAACAAAAUGCUGUCCCAUACAUGAAUUUAUCAGUGUCGAAGUGAAGGAGAAAUGUCAGCAGUAUAAUGUAACACCAUCCGAACAGCCGCCAAUGUCGGACGAGCAGAGCGGUGAGGGAAGGCAUCGUCAUCAUCAUCAUCAUCACCAUCAUCCCAGGAUCUUCCAACAACAAUGCUUGGUUUCGUGUAUCUUCAAUGAGACCGGUUUCUACGAGGACAACAAACUGGAUGAGACGAAGCUAGAUGACUACCUGAAGCUUACCAUUCCGGACGAUGUUCAGCUACAGACCGUGACUAAAGAAGCCUUCAUCUCGUGUGCGGCCAAGGCUAAAGAGUUCAAGGACAAAUUCGGCAAUCGUCCACGCCCCUCUCCACCACCAAGUCAAUCUAUGUGUCCACGCAAACCCGCCUUCUUGACCGGUUGCGUGUACUUUAACUUACUGCAGAACUGUCCGCCCACCAUUUGGAACAAUUCCGCGGAGUGCAGUGAGAAUCGCGAAUUCUUCAAAAAUUGCAAAUCCCCAAGACGUCGUCCCUCAAGCGAAGAUAAGUCAGCAGCCUAAAUCAAAAUAUGCAAACAGCCAACUACCCCAGUAAUCAUAACAAAUUGUAAAGUACUUAAUAUUUGUAUACAUUUAUUUGAGCAUAUUUCAACUUAACCAUUCCAAAAUAUGAAUAAAAUCUGAAAAAAAUAA